CCACAUCACGUUCUGUGUCGGACCGAUGAAAAGCAAUCGAAAAUUGUUUUCAAAAUAACAGAGGGCUUCUCUAGAUGGAGACAAGCAACAUUAGUGUGUUUGACAAUACGUCAGACACGACAGUCUCCUUAGACUUUGAGAAGUUCCCUGCUGUUGGACAUGAUAUAAUUGGAGGUCUUCUCGUUAUUACGAUGUUGGUCGGAAUUUGUACGAACUCUUUUGGUAUUUUGAUAUUUGUCAAACAUAAGCAUUUACGAUCUCCGACGAACCUCUUCAUAGCAAGCCUGGCACUGUGUGACCUGUUGAUGCUAGUGACGGCCACCCCCCUCCCGAUGGCGUCCAGUUUCGCCCACCGCUGGGUUUGGGGGUACGCCGGCUGUGUAUUCGAGGGAUUUCUUGUAUACUUUCUUGGACUGACCAGUCUAUACCUCCUGUGUGCCAUAUCUGUUGACCGCUACAUCGUCAUUGCUCUGCCACUAAAGAAUGCCAUGGUGAACCAGCGUGUCGCCAAGUUCUCCAUUAUGGGAUGUUACGUAUUAGGUUUUUUCUGGGCAAUGCUGCCUCUUCUAGGGUGGAACUCUUAUCAGCUGGAGGGACUGAUGACGUCAUGUAGCGUCCUCUGGGACACUUCCAACCCCAAGGAUUACAGUUACAAUGUUGUCAUCUUUUUCACCUGUUUCGUCUUUCCUGUCAUCGUCAUGUGUUAUUGUUACUACCAGGUUUACAGAACGGUUCGAGUGAUAUCACGGAACAACAAAUGGGACUCGAGCAGUCGUAUGGCCAAAAGAAAAAUGAAAGCGGAGCGUAAAAUAUCUAUAACGAUCCUAAUGAUGAUCGGGGUGUAUUUUGGUUCCUGGAUGCCAUACGCUGUGGUCUCCUUCUGGGCUGCUUUUGGGAAUGCCAGCGACAUCCCUCUUGUUGUAGCGGGAAUACCCCCAUACGUUGCAAAGACAGCUUCCGUUUGGAACCCCAUAAUAUAUAUAUGUACAAACAAGCAGUUCCGGAAGGCCUUUUUCGACAUUCUGCCUUGCGACAUCGGUUGGAGAAAUUCAGUACAAUCUACGGAAAUGGUUAAUGUCGCAUCAGCUAGAGUGGGCGCCAUUGUGAAUCCGGAAGUAACAUUAUGUAAGCAGAGUGAGUGCCCGGAUGUGUCUAAUCCGACAAGAGAAUCAAACAUGUAUUCUGGUGAUGGCAAAAAAUGCACCGAUGAUGGCAUCGAAGAAAUUUUAGUUGAAUAGAUCAAUAUUGAUUUUCUUUACUCGAAAUAGGUGUUUCUCAAAUAUGGAAUAUAACUGUUUCGACAUGGUUCAAUAUUUUACCAAUUUGGACGGUAAGGCUAUCACAGACAACUGUUUCAUCACCUUUGACAUUUACAUGACUGUCAUUGAACAGGUGAAUUUUCUUUGAUAUGACAAUGCAUUCCUGAUAAGAUACAUGUAGGAGCAAAACAAAAUACCGAAAUAGAUCUUUUACCUAGCAACGGACAGAAAACAGGACAAGUACGCAUAAAGGAAAUUCUAGUUGAUGAUGUUGAAAUUCGAGAUAUUGGAGUGAAAGACAUAGCAAGCUUAUCAAUGAGACUAUCCAGACACGUGUCAAGUGACAAUUAAGGACAAAAGAGUAAUAUAAUUUAUCAUGGGUCUGUUCCGUGGACAGGGAUACCUCAACCCGAGUGUAAGAGUU